AUGUCGAAGCCCAAAUUCGCCAUCCUGGACGACUAUCAGAACAUUGGACUCUCACAUUUUACCCACUUAGAGCCACGCAUCGAGAUUCAUUCCUUUCCCGAGACCCUCGAUCCCCGCGACCCCAUACAGCAAGAUGCACUCAUCCAGAGACUCCUGCCAUUCGACGUGGUACUAGCCAUGCGUGAGCGCACGCCCUUUUUCGCAUCAACCGUUACAGCUCUCCCAAACCUGAAACUACUCUUGACCACCGGGACAAGAAACCUGGCACUAGAUCUCGCUUCAUUUUCCGAGCGAGGGAUUCCCGUUGCUGGCACUGAGGGCCGCCCCCCGGGCGUGAAUUCGACUGUGCAGCAUACCUGGGCUCUGAUAUUGGGGUUGGCACGGCACAUUGCAAGAGACGAUGCCGCCGUGAAGCAAGGUCGCUGGCAGGGAUCUCUUGGGUUCAAUCUUAGCGGCAAGUCUCUAGGGGUUUUAGGACUUGGCAAAUUAGGCGCGCAAACGGCCAAGAUUGCUAUUGAAGCCUUUGGAAUGGAGGUAAUCGCCUGGUCGACUAAUCUGACACAAGAAAAAGCGGACGAGCAAGCUCUAGCUCAUGGCUUGCCUGCUGGAACCUUCGUCGUUUCUCCUUCCAAGUCUGCUUUCUUUGCGACCGCAGACGUGGUUAGCGUGCAUAACGUUCUCUCUGAACGUACUCGGGGGAUUGUUGCUAAACCGGAACUGGACGCUAUGAAGAAGCGGGCCAUCAUUGUCAACACAUCACGUGGACCUCUUAUAGAUGAAGCGGAUUUACUGGAAUCCUUGAAGGCAGGCGGAAUAAGGGGCGCCGCGUUAGACGUGUUCGAUCCGGAGCCGUUGCCAUUGGAUAGUCCCUGGAGAACCACUGCUUGGGGCCAGGAUGGACGCUCGGAGGUAAUUUUAUCACCACACAUGGGCUAUGGAGAAGAAGAUUUGCUCCAUGGAUGGUAUGAAGAGGUUGCCGAGAAUCUGGAGAGGUGGUUGAACGGGAAAGAGUUGCUACGCGAGAUGAACUAA